CAUGAAAAGAGAACACGAAGACAGAGUUCAAACGAUUCGGAGAGCUUACCAGCAACAAUUAGCAGAUGCUCUAGCUCGAAUAGGCAAAUUAUAUGCUGUGAGAAUAAGGGAAAAAAUGAGAAAAGAAAAGGAAAAACUAAGUAAAGGAGUUGGAAAUUUAGAAGAUAAAAUAAAAGAAUUAAAAGAUGUGAUACAGAGAAACGAAACUAGCAUGGAAAUGUUACAACUUCAAUGCGAAAAAUUACAAAGAGAAAGAGACGAGUUGAAAAUUCGUCUGGAAUAUCCUAUGGAUGAUGAAUCCGAGUUUACAGUGGAAUCGGAAGAGAAUCAAGAACUAAUAGCGGCUCAAGCUGAAGUUCAGGGUUUAAAAGAGAGUUUGACUCAUGAAAGAAGUCUAAACGAAAGACAUUUAGCUAAUAUUAAAGCCGAACAAGAUUCGAAUAGAGCUCUAAAGGGGGAAAUAGAAAAGCUGAAAGUAGAGUUAACACAGAAUAAGGCUACUAUACAUCAGUUAAACUCUGAAAAGGAGCUUCUGCAGGAUUCAAUGGCAGGUGAUCAUAAGAUGGCUGUAUCGAAGUUGGAAAAAGAAAAGGAAGAAAUUAGAAAGGAAAUAAUCGCGCAAUAUGAAGAAAAAUUGAAAAAGGCACAGCAAGAAACUGCUGAUGCUAUAAGAGAAUCUAAAAAUUUAUCUCUAUCAAACACCAAAGACUCUGAUUUGAAAGAAGCUCGUUUGAAAAAUGAUCAAUUAACAAGCGAAAUUACUAAACUGCAACAAAUGUUAAAUCAGGAGAAACAAAAAUCCAGAUUGGCUGCUAAAGAUGCUGGAAGUAUGGAACAUGAGAGAAUGAUGCAAGAUCGUCUCAAAGCAGAAGUAAAUAGGUUGAAAAGAGAAAUGGAUAAGAUGCAAAAAUCAUGGGAAAAGAAAUUUGCUAUAAUGAAGCAAAGUAUGCAUGCUCUCAAAGAUGAAAGUUAUCUACGACAAAAUCUUCAAAAGCAAGCUGCAAAUUUACACCAAGCAUCAAUUAGUUACGCGGUUGACACGCCUGACGGAAUUAUGGGAACUAAAUCUAUGGGACCUAACCGUCAAAGAAAAUUACCUCCAGUUUCUCGAUCUGAGGAGAAGAAAAUUUCUCAAGAUCUUAUUAGCUAUACAGUUUCCGCUCAAAGCGGAAGGCAAACAGGAAUAUUUUCCAGAUUAGACGAAAAUCAAGUUAUGUCUGACAACGAAGAAGAUCUACCUGAGGACAUUGUUCCAAUAUCGCCUCAUCGACGACCACCAACAAUGGGAGAAGUGAAGAAUUAA